AUGUGGAUGCCUUCACCAUCACAAAGUGGGUGGGAGCCGGGGGCACUGGGCAUCCACGCCAGAAUGUGGACCAAGAAGUCGAAGGGGUGGCCAUGGGGCAUGCGCCUAAUCAGGGAUGAAUCGGGGGGAUCAAGUGGGAGAGCCGGAAGCCCAGUGGAUCCGCAACCAGAGGCAACUUCCGAGACUCUCCCGGUGCGAGUGGAUACCUAUGCGCCGUGCCCAGACUAA